UUUUCUCAUAUCAUACUACACCACAAAAACAUUGUCAGACAUUUCUAAUUCAUCAACCAUGAGUAAUGCUGGUCAGGUCAUCAAAUGCAAAGCUGCGGUGGCGUGGGAGGCAGGGAAACCACUGUCAAUAGAGGAAGUUGAAGUGGCACCACCUCAAAAGCAUGAAGUUCGUGUUAAGAUUCUCUUCACCUCUUUAUGCCACACCGAUGUCUACUUCUGGGAGGCUAAGGGACAAAAUCCUCUGUUCCCUCGCAUAUUUGGUCACGAAGCUGGAGGGGUUGUUGAGAGUGUAGGUGAGGGCGUGACUGAUCUCAAACCAGGUGAUCAUGUUCUCCCUAUCUUCACCGGAGAAUGCAAGGAGUGUCCCCACUGCUUAUCAGAAGAAAGCAAUAUGUGUGAUCUCCUACGAAUUAACACCGAUAGGGGUGGAAUGAUUCACGACGGGAAACCUCGGUUUUCGAAAGAUGGGAAGGCUAUCUAUCACUUCCUUGGCACAUCGACAUUUAGCGAGUACACCGUCCUCCAUGCUGGUCAGGUUGCCAAGAUCAAUCCAGAGGCUCCACUUGAUAAAGUGUGUGUUCUUAGCUGUGGAAUGUCCACAGGGUUUGGUGCCACUGUGAAUGUAGCUAAACCGAAAAAGGGUCAGUCUGUUGCAGUUUUCGGACUCGGUGCUGUUGGUCUUGCUGCUGCUGAGGGAGCAAGAGUUUCUGGGGCUUCUAGGAUCAUUGGUAUCGACUUGAACCCGAACAGAUUCGAAGAAGCCAAGAAAUUUGGUUGUACAGAGUUUGUGAACCCGAAAGAUCAUGAUAAACCUGUUCAAGAGGUGAUUGCGGCGAUGACCGGCGGUGGAGUUGAUCGAAGCGUCGAAUGCACCGGGAGCAUCCAGGCCAUGAUUUCUGCAUUUGAAUGUGUCCAUGACGGAUGGGGUGUUGCAGUUCUUGUGGGUGUGCCGAGCAAAGAUGAUGCAUUCAAAACAAGUCCGGUGAAUUUCUUGAACGAGAGGACGUUGAAGGGUACUUUCUUUGGCAACUACAAACCUCGAUCCGAUAUCCCCGGUGUUGUCGAGAAAUAUAUGAAGAAGGAGCUUGAACUGGAUAAAUUCAUCACUCACUCGGUCCCAUUUGCGGAGAUCAACAAGGCAUUCGAUUACAUGCUGGCGGGAGAGGGUCUUCGUUGUGUGGUUCGGAUGGAUGCUUGAACUGGAUGGAUAUACGGUUUCUG